AUGGCAUCGCUGGCAGGUGGCUUGCGGCACCUGAGGUGUCAUGGCCAACUUGUGAAGCCACAAUGGCAGCAGGUUCUCGCGGUACGGCCAAAAAUCGCUCCGAAGAUGGGGAUGCGACAAAUGACGGUUGAAUCGAACGGACCAACGAGGUCUGCCGAUGCUCCAACAAGCACAGAGCCGAUCACACUACCAUUCGUGGGUGUUCAUCAUGCACGACAGGUUCCGACUUCACCUUCAUACUUCACCAGAGAGCCCCGUUUCAACGACCUCUACAUUCGCCUCACUCAGUUAUUAAACAAAUAUCACCGCCUGCCGACUCUGCCCGCCAACGAGGCACCUACGCUCCCGUGGAUGAAAGUAGACCAAAUUAGACAGCAAUUGGGCGAGCCCGUCAAGUCUUCUCACUUUGCAAAAAUGAUCCGGGUCGGAAAGCGCUUAAAUCUGAUCGAUCCAAGCCUGCGCCCGAAUGAAAUCGACAUUGUCCUCCGUCAGCUUACCCGAAAUAUUGAUCCAUAUGUAAACAAUAUUCGGCCCAUCACGAUCGACAAGUUUGGCCGUGCUAUUGGUGUUGGCAAGAGAAAGGAGUCGACGGCUCGAGCAUUCGUUGUGGAAGGCACAGGCGAGGUUCUAGUCAACGGCAAGCCUCUCAAUGAGAUCUUUGGGCGUGUGCAUGACCGGGAGAGUGCUCUGUGGGCACUGACAGCGACCCAAAGGAUGGAUAAAUACAACGUUUGGGCUCUUGUAAGGGGAGGUGGAACCACUGGACAGGCUGAGGCACUCACUCUGGCCGUUGCAAAGGCUCUGCUGGUUCACGAGCCCGCUUUGAAGCCAGCUCUGCGCAAAGCCGGCUGCGUCACAAGGGACCCCAGAGCCGUGGAAAGGAAGAAGCAUGGCCGUGUAAAGGCUCGCAAGAGUCCUGCAUGGGUCAAGCGAUAA